AUGGCAUCAUUCUAUCGAGCUUUUACUGACUCUUUCGCAGUGGGUGGUGUUUCCGCUGCCGUCUCCAAGACUGCUGCUGCCCCCAUCGAGCGUAUCAAGCUCCUUGUCCAGAACCAGGAUGAGAUGAUCCGUGCUGGCCGUCUCGACCGCAAGUACAACGGUAUCAUCGACUGCUUCCGUCGUACCGCUCAGGCUGAGGGUGUCAUGUCCCUGUGGCGUGGUAACACCGCCAACGUCAUCCGUUACUUCCCUACCCAGGCUCUGAACUUCGCUUUCCGUGACACCUACAAGUCGAUGUUCGCCUACAAGAAGGACCGUGAUGGAUACGCCAAGUGGAUGAUGGGUAACCUUGCCUCCGGUGGUGCUGCUGGUGCCACUUCCCUCCUCUUCGUCUACUCUCUCGACUACGCUCGUACCCGUCUUGCCAACGACGCCAAGUCCGCCAAGGGUGGUGGUGAGCGCCAGUUCAACGGUCUCAUUGAUGUCUACCGUAAGACCCUCGCUUCCGACGGUAUUGCCGGUCUCUACCGUGGUUUCGGUCCCUCCGUUCUUGGUAUUGUUGUCUACCGUGGUCUGUACUUCGGCAUGUACGACUCCAUCAAGCCUGUUGUCCUGGUUGGUUCUCUUGAGGGUAGCUUCCUUGCUUCCUUCCUGCUCGGCUGGACUGUUACCACUGGUGCUGGUAUUGCUUCUUACCCUCUUGACACCAUCCGUCGUCGUAUGAUGAUGACCUCCGGUGAGGCCGUCAAGUACAAGUCCUCCCUGGAUGCUGCUCGCCAGAUCAUCGCCAAGGAGGGUGUCAAGUCUCUCUUCAAGGGUGCUGGUGCUAACAUCCUCCGUGGUGUUGCUGGUGCUGGUGUCCUGUCCAUCUAUGACCAGGUUCAACUUAUCCUCUUCGGCAAGAAGUUCAAGGGUGGCUCUGGCUAA